UCGGUCACCUGACAAUGACGUAGAAGGCCUUCGGCCAGGAGAGAGACAAUGGACGAGAAGCUGGUGUCUGCCGAUGGGAAGAACUCUCGGGCGGUGUCUUGUCAGCGCUGCGGCUGCCGGGUGUUAUCUGCCGGGACGGCGACCCUAGCGAAGAGAGAGCUACUUCUGCCUUCAAUGAAGAAGAAAUCAUCUCUGGCUGAUGAGUCAAAUCCAGACUGUGAGCUUCUUGUUGAGCAUUGGCUUGUCCAUGACAUGUUUACUUUUGAGAAUGUGGGCUUCACCAAGGAUGUAGGAAAAGUAAAGUACCUGGUGUGUGCAGACUGCGAAGUGGGGCCUAUUGGUUGGCACAGUCUGGAGGAGAAGAGUAACUUUUAUGUAGCAUUACAGCGAGUCCAGCAUGAAUGAGGACCACAAACAAUGGCCACAAAGGAAGCUCACAAAAGAGCUGAAAUCAUUGACUUCAUGGUGCAAUAUGUUACAGGUUGGAGCAGCACUUCACCCUAGUGCCAUACAUGUUUUCUUAACACUGAUUAAAACGCUUUACUACAGAUGUAAAGUGUCACAUAC